AGGACCUGGACCCCAGCUCUGCCCUGUCAGAUGCAGACAUGGUGCCUCUGGUGCUGCUGCCCCUGCUGUGGGGAGGGUCCCUGCAGGAGAAGCCAGGGUACGAGCUCAGAUUGAAGGAAUCGGUGACAGUACAGGAGGGUCUGUGUGUCCACGUGCCCUGCUCCUUCUCCUACCCCUGGAAUCCGCAGUAUUCCUCUGGUGUACUCCACAUCUACUGGUACCGGAGUGGGGACAGCAUAACAUACGAUUAUCCUGUGGCCUCAAACAACCCAUAUAAACCAGUGAGGGCUGAGACUGCCAACCGAUUCCGCCUCCUCAGGGCCAACAGCUGUUCCUUGAGCAUCAGUAAUGCCAGGAGGAGCGACACAGGAAGCUACUUCUUCCGAGUGGAGAGAGGAUAUUAUGUGAAAUAUACUUACAAAGAUAAGAAGCUGCAUUUGCAGGUGACAGCCCUCACAGAGGAACCCCACAUCCAUGUUCCGGAGCCUCUGGAGUCUGGCCGCCCCACACGUCUGACCUGCAACCUGCCAGGGUCCUGCGAAGGAGGAAGACCUCUGACCUUCUCCUGGGUGGGGGCCGCUCUUGACUCACUGGGCCCCCGGGCCCUUCGCUCCUCGGUGCUAAACCUCACCCUGAGGCCCCGGGACCACGGCACCAACCUCACCUGUCAGGUGAAACAGGAAGGAUAUACGGUGGAGAGAACCAUCCUGCUCAAUGUGUCCUAUGCUCCACAGUUGACCGUCAGAUUUUCCAAAGGAAACUCCACAGCCCUGAAGACCCUGAGCAACCACAUGUCACUGUCUGUCCUCGAGGGCCAGUUCCUGCUCCUGGUCUGCGAGGCUGACAGCAACCCCCCUGCCACGCUGAGCUGGUCCCAGGAGGGAAAAGCCCUGAGCCCCUCCCAGCGCUCAGCACCUGGGGUUCUGGAGCUGCCCCACGUAGGGGCUGCAGAUGGAGGGGUGUUCACCUGCCAGGCUCAGCACCCACUGGGCUCCCAGAACGUUUCCUUCAGCCUCUCUGUGCAGAGUGACCCCCGUUCUUACAAAUGUGUGGCUGAGGAGCAACAGGGCUCCUGGCCCCUGGUCCUCACCCUAAUCAGGGGGGCCCUCAUGGGAGCUAGCUUCCUCCUUACCUAUGGCCUCACCUGGAUCUACUAUACCAGGUAUGGAGGCCCCCAGAGAACAAGGCCGAGGUCCUGACUGAGCCUCCCUCCUCCUCAAGACGGAGCCGAGAGGGACAGACGUGGGGCAUCAAUGUCAGCUGCUCCCUGGAAACUCUUGACUCCCACCUUGUCUCAGUCGGACCCAUGGGAUUUUGAUUUGUGGAGGUGACCAAGUGAUUACACGGAGAGUCAGUGCUAUUGAAAGAGGAUUUUUCUUCCUUACAUUCCCUUCCGUCCUUAUGUUCCCUUCCUUCCUUCCUUCCUUC